AUGUUCCUCAGCAAGUGCGUUGUCCUGUGUCCGAGCAGCACCGCUUACAGUAGCGUUACUAAUGGUGCGCUGUCCCUGUCCUGGCAGAUCUUCGUCCGCAGCACAGACUGUGAUCGGACGCUGAUGAGUGCGGAGGCCAAUCUGGCAGGCCUGUAUCCCCCUGAGGGACAACAGAUAUUCAACCCUAACAUUUCCUGGCAGCCCAUCCCUGUGCACACAGUGCCUGAGUCCGAGGAAAGGCUACUGAAGUUUCCUUUGACCCCCUGUCCACGGUAUGAACAGCUACAGAAUGAAACUCGGCACUCAGCAGACUACAUAAAUAAGACCAAAGAGAAUUGGCAAUUCCUGCAGAUGGUGGCAAAUGAGACUGGGAUCCGGGAUGUCUCUCUCGAGAGUAUUUGGAGUGUGUAUGACACACUGUUCUGUGAACAAGCACACAAAAUGGAUUUGCCUGUAUGGGUGACACCAGAUGUCAUGACUCAAUUGAAGCAACUAAAAGACUUUGGUUUUGAAUUUCUGUUUGGGAUCCACAAUCGGGUAGAAAAAGCUCGUCUGCAAGGCGGGGUCCUGUUGGAUCACAUAAGGAAAAACCUAACCAAAGCAGCAAACCUUUCUGCCCACCAGAACCUGAAACUACUUGCCUAUUCAGCGCAUGACACCACACUUGUGGCACUGCAGAUGGCUCUAGAUGUCUACAACAAGAUUCAAGCACCAUACGCCUCAUGUCAUUUAUUUGAGCUGUAUCAAGAGGAUGAUGGUAACUUCUCUGUGGAGAUGUUUUUCCGGAACGAGAGUGGGAAGGAACCUUUCCCACUGACAAUCCCUGGCUGUCAGCAUAAAUGCCCACUCCCAGGCUGGACCAGAGCAUGGCAGAAAGGGAAAGCUUGGACCAUGCCAUGUUUACCACUUGUUUUCUCCCUUGCAGAACUGUUUGUGGGUCUGGCUGUGUGUGGAUCCAUUCUCCUUCUCCUUAUAAUCCUCCUCUUGACUGUACUCUUUCGCAUACAGUCUCAGCCCCCAGGAUACCGGCAUGUUUCCAAUGAGGGAGAAGAGCACGCCUGA